CUCUCUUGAAAAAUUGUUUACCUUUUCAAUGACCAUUUUUUUUAGGGCUUUUAGGGCUGUUUUUUUAUCUUUUGUUUGGUUUCUCGAGUGUCGAUGAACAGUUUAAGGUCGUGUGACGGAGACUGGUGCUGUGUAACAUGUCUAGGCCGCCUAUGAGAGGAAGAAAUAACCAAAGAUAUGAUGAUAUGGACUAUAACUAUGGGAGAAGGGGAUCGCCUCGCUUUUUUGAGCAAAGAGAAGCCUUUGAACCCCAGCCACCCAUGGACAGAGGGAGUUAUUACGACUAUGACCACCAGCAGUCAGACAGAAGGCUUUUGUAUUAUGACAAUGAUCAACACUGGAAUUCCAGACAGUGUGAUCCUGGUUACAGGGAUGGCAUGGGAAGUUCUGGCCACUAUGACAGCCAUGAUAGCCCCUAUAAUCAUGAGAGGACACCCCCACCUAAUCCCAGGGGCAGCUGGGGGAGAGGGAGAAGGGGCAAACAUGGAGGGAGGGGGGGGAAGGGAAAGGGUGUAGUCAAAGCUGAUCCUCCCAUGAUACUUAGCGGCAUCCCCCACAUAGAGCGCUCCUUUGUUGCUGCCAAAAAUGAAAAUGGGGGGAAGAAUGGCAGUGCUAGUAGCAGCCAAGUGAAUGAGAGUGGUGAGGGUCCUGAGAUGAAUGCAAGUGCAUCACCUUUUGGGGAAGUUCAGAAUACAUCUGGCCCAGUUCAAGAGGGCUCGGGAAAUGGCAGCUGUAGAGAGAAUGGAAAGUCAGACCAGGCGGCCAGCAGAAGGGAGAGGCUGCCAAUGGGAGAGGAGAUUACACCACAGAGUAAUAAUAAAUUUGAAGGUGAACUGCAGCUGGAAACUGUUGACAGUGAAGAAGAAUAUGACAAUGUUUCUCCUUCAUCUAAUGCCCCUCAGGUAGCUACAACAGCACAGCCAGUAAAUGUCUCAAUAUCUAAGGACAUGAAUGCAGAAUCUCAGGCUGUUUUGGAAAGAUCACAAGAAGUUGCUGAAGCUGAUCCAGCAAAACUAGAACUUGAAACAGAGAGAUACUAUGAUGAGCUGCUGGGGAAGAAUGAGGGAGAGAAAGAAGAAGGGACAGAAAUUCUAUCUGCUUCUCAAGUGGCUAAAAUCACAGUUGCAUACAAAACAGAUGAGGAACAGAAGAAGGAUGAGGAGAACCAGAAAAAGGAGGAGGAAAAGAAAGCAGAGGAGAGACAGGCACAAAUUGAAACGGCUUGGUCAAUCCUUCACCAGUACUGGCAGUUUGUGAGCGAUAACCCCUAUGACUUCAAUGGCUGGACGUACCUCCUCAACCAUGUGGAAAGCAUGAACAACUUAGAAGCAGCUCGUUCUGCUUUUGAGGGAUUCCUGCCUCUGUAUCCUUACUGCUUUGCCUAUUGGAAGAAGAUCAGUGACAUGGAGAUGAGGCACAAAAAUUUAGAAAGAUCUCUUGGUAUUCUUCUCAUCGGAAGCGAAUGCGUGCCGUUUUGCACCGACUUGUGGGUUCCUCUGGUGGAGAAUUUCAUCUCCUAUGGCAAAGGGAAGUCACUGGAGCCUCAGUGUAUCCGAUUGUUGUAUGAAUAUGGUCUAGACUCGGCAGGGAGAGGAUGGCACAGUUCUCCGCUUUGGGAAACUUGUAUAAACUACGAACAGCAGGACACGGGAGACCUCGUUCAAGUCAUGGGAUUGUACAAGAGACUUCUGUCUACACCAACUAAACUGUACAAUAAACACUGGGACCAUUUCCUCGCCAUAAUAAGGGACCACCAUCCUCGUAAUCUUCUCUCCGUGGAAGAGUACCAAAAGCUACGGAAAGAGACAUGUGAGGAACUCAAGAUCAAGUACACACCGUGCUCCAUGGUGCCUCCAAAAUCUGUUCACAAGACUCCUCAGCCAGAAGACAAGCUCACGUCUCGAAUGAAGGAGAAACUAGUGGCUUCUUACAUCAAGACUCAUGAACACAAUGAAGAGGAGGUGGACAAGAGAUGGAAGUUUGAGGAAAGGAUCAAAAGGCCUUAUUUCCAUGUGAAACCUCUAGAUAAGAAACAACUCAAGAACUGGAAUGAAUAUUUGGACUUUGAAAUUGGGAUAGGGGACCCUGUCCGAAUAAUUCCACUCUUUGAACGUGCUCUCGUAGCCUGUGCUCUGUACGAAGACAUGUGGUGCCGCUAUGCUUCGUACAUGGAGAAGCAUGUGCAAAACAUCUUGGAUGCAAUGCACAGUGAACAAAGCGAAAAGAAAGAGGAAGAAGUGAGUGAUGCAAGUGGUGAUAAGAAGGAAGCAGAAAAGGCAGAGGGAGGUGGUGAAACUAGUGAGAAUUCUGCCACAGCUUCCGAGUGUAUAGCUAAGAAAAAAAAUUGUGAGGAUAAUUCUGAUGAGAAUAGUCAGGUAAAUGAUGAGAGUGUAGUUGAUGUUAAAGAUGUUAAAGAUAGAGAUGAUUCAGGUAACCGGGGCUCUGUUGCCAGUGCGCAGAGUGAAAGUGCAAGGGACGACUCCUCAGUUGGGAAUAGUGACCAGUGUGACUGUGAUAAAGACGCCAAAGUGUGCGAGGUCCAUGUGCUCUCAAACUGUACCUCGGAAACGGACUCUGCCAGCCAGGACGAUCAGACAGGCAAUGAACAGAGGAAAAAGAUAGUAGAAACAGAGCCCCAGACUUACAAACAGCUCAAAGACAAACUCAGUGUUAAUAUAAGUAUGGCUGAAAGAGUGUUGAGAUGUCCCCCGCUCACCCCCGCGUGGAUAAAGGGAGGGGUGAGCUGGGAGGACGUGAGGCACACAUACCGUCGUGGUGCGUGGAUACAUUGCCCCAGUAAACCCCGCCUUCUCAUGCAAUGGGCAGAAUUUGAGGAAACACAAGGUAAUUUGGAUACAGCAAGAGAGCUGCUUAGUACAGUUAUUGCCAAGCAUCCCACUCUACUGAAAGCUCGAAUGCAGCUGAUAGAACUGGAGCGCAGAGCCCAAAGUUACCAGCGUGUUGAAGAGUUGUAUGCUGAAGCAUCUCGGGUUGUCACUGAGCCUCGCCUCAGAUCUUGGCUUGCCAUUAGAUAUGCACGCUUCCUGUUCAAGAUCCUUCUGGAAGCAGACCGAGCGCUGGUAGUGCUCCGCAAGGCCCUCAAGAAGGAUCGAGGCAAUGUACAUCUGUACCACCAUGUAUUUGAUAUCUGCUACCAGCGCCAGCCUUUGGACUGCCAAGGGGUGCUGGCUUCGGUGAUGCUGGCCCUGGCAUCUAAGGAGCUCUCAGUCCACUCCAAAUACUGGUUUGCUUUCAAGAGGGUGGAGUUCCUGAGAGAGCAUGGAGACAUUAAGGAACUGAAAAAGGCACAAAUGGAGAUGGAGGAACUAAAAGCCUUGGUAGAUGAGGAGCUUGCUAAGAAGGCAAAGGAGGAAGAGGAGAAGAAAGAAAUGGAUGCAGUAAAAAGUGAAGGCAAGGAUACCACUGCUGGAGAAAAUGCAUCAGGUGGUGCAGAAGGGAAGACCAGUACAAAUGCAAGUGAAGAGGCGGCUCCACUAGGGAGUGAAGUAACAACAGCAGAAGCCAAUCCUCAAGCUCUGCAAGUGCCUGAAGCCCAGCCUAACCAGCAGUUCCCAGUUCCGUACUUUGCUGCUGAUGGUGCCAUUACCUACACCCCAAUGGAGGGCUAUGGCUAUGGCUACUCAGACCCCAACCAAGCUCUGCCAACGGCCCAGGAGGUAGUCCAGGGUGCAGGAGGGUCGGCAGAACAGCUGGACAACACCGCUGCUGACUGUCACAAAGUUCCUCCUUCUUGGGAAUUAAAUGUCCAAAUAGGGGGAUAUGGGUACGGCAAGCCAGACGAGAAUCGCUGGCAUCAGGAUGCAGCCUAUCACCAGUAUGAUGAGCUUGUUUCCAAUGGCUACCCAGACCACCUCAAGGACAGCAAGAUGGAGGAUUUCAAGAUGCCUUUCCAAGUUAGUAUCGACCACCUGCACCGGCGUCCAGGGUUACCUCCUCUGGGGAGGAUGCCUGACCUAAGUCAGCCACCACCAUCUGCCCCAGGGAGCAUGCCCUCCAGCCUGCCCCCACCUACAGAUAUGCCCCAUUCUAACCUCCUGCCACCCAUCAUGCCAGGAGUCCUGCCACCCAAGUUCACACGGCCUCCUCCACUUCCUGGCCUGGGUGGCUCUGGUAUGAUGUUGCCAGGCUAUAGGCCUCCUGGUGGGCCUCUGGACAACCUCCCGCCAGGUGAGAGGCCACCGCACCCUGCAGACAGACCUUACCUUGAUGGUCCUCAGCCCUAUGGCAAGCGCAGACAUCCAGAAGAUUACAGUUCUGAGGACGAGCCAGCCUACAAGAUGUCCCACUUGGACAUGGACAGCCACCAGUACCGACCUGAGUACGACAACAUCUACACAAAUUCCCCCGGACCCUGUGCCCCGCCAAGCCACCGGGCACACUUUGGCUCCUGGGAUAGUGACUAUGGCUCGUAUAGGUCUUACGGCCGCAGGGAUGGCCUUCACGGCGACCAGCUUGGAGAUCGGCAUGAUCUUGCCACCCUCAGGGACAGCCCAGAGCUCUCCCGCUUCAAUGAGGCCAAGAGAUACUCCCUGCGUGAUGAGGAUAAUUACUCGCCCAUUCCUCGGGAGCUUGGCCUCCAAGAAUCAGACAGCAUGUGUGUGAACGUGCCAAAGUGGCUGAUGCAGGAUGGCGGGGAGCUGUGCCUGAGUGAGACGGACCGCGGUGUGGCCCUCAUCCGCUACUGGCCCAACUUCAUGACUGAUAGUGGCCAGAUGUCCAUCUUCCGAAUCUUACGCAAGGGCCUCAAGUGGCACCAGCGACGUGCGUUGAUUGAGGGCAAGUGGCAAAACCUUCCACACCUCCUCUCAUGGAUUGGCCCCUGUGACUAUUCCUACUCAGGGGUAACUCUGGAGAAGAACACCAAUUGGUUGCCAGAGAUUGUCGACCUGCUUCACAGGCUAAUUCGUUACACAGGCAACCAGUACAACAGCUGCUUCUUGAAUCUGUACCGCAAUGGUUAUGACCAUGUUGGGUGGAUGUCGGAGAACCACCCUGCCUUGCGUGAUGAACCUUCCAUUGCCUCAGUCUCUCUUGGUGUGACAAGGCUUUUUGAGAUGCAGAGGAAAGAUGGCAGUGGAUUCCUUCGGUUUCCUCUCAUCCCAGGAUCGCUUUUGCUUAUGGAAGGAGCCACGCAAGAAGAUUGGCAACACCAGUUCCCUAAGCAACCCAACGUGGCUUCCGAGAGAAUCAACAUCACCUUCCGCAAGAUGUACAUGAUAGAAGGGUUGACUGUGUGAAGGCUUGGGGGCAUAAAUGAACCUCAUCUUCGGUGCUACAGAUGUGAAGGGGAGGAAGCAGCUGUAGGGAUGUUAGGCAUUAUCCAGUGCUCAUUUUGGAAGUUGAAGUGAAUGUCAGAAUAGAUUUCAGAGUCAUGGGAUUUCAUCCUAAGCCAUAAUAUGAAAAAAGUGUUUUUUGCGGAAACAUUUGAAAUCUGAACUAGUCAAAUAUUUAAUGUUUUCUCUUUUUUUGUUGAAUUUGAUAUGGCAAGUAUGACUCUCUUUUGGUGAGAUUUUCCAAAGAGAAAUUUAUUGGUUUGCAGAUAUUUGUUUUCCACAGUCUUAUGAAGUUUCCAAAAUGGAAUUUCAUUGGUUUGCAGUUUCAUUGUUCACAGCCUUUUAUUCAAUAUCACCCAAGUGCAGCAAUAAGAAUUUUAUAGAAAAUGUCAUUAUUUGAAAUUGUUUUUUGAAUACAUUUGUAUUUGAUAUUACUGUACAAAACUGUAAGCAAGCUAACCAUUAAAGUAUGUAUGAACAAUUUGUUUAGUAUGAACCAUAAUGUGAGAUGGAAAUAUUAUUUCUAUGCAUAGGAAUAUAUCAAAUAACAUGGAAUUUUAAUAGGAUACAUUUUAUAACAUUUAAGUGUAUACACUUACUAUGCAAAUAAAAUGUUAAAGAAA